UCUAAAAUUUUGCUUGAAGGUUUUUCUUUUUUUAAGUCUAGCGAUUUUCAGGGCGAUUUGGCUUCUCAGAACUGUGGGAAUUCUUUCUUUCUAAUGGCUGAAGAGGAAGUAGCUGCAAAAUCUGUCAUUCAACAAUCUCCUCCAGCAAAUCCUCCUCCCUUUUUAGAGGUAACUUGUACAAGUUCUGGUAAAGUAAGAAGAUUUGCAAUUGGUACUGAAUCCAAAUUUGCACUGUACUUGAUCAACCUCAAACUUGAUAUUGGGGUCUCUCAUGCUUCAUAUAUUGAAGCUGUUAAAGAAGGGGAAGAACCAAUCAAUUUUGGUCCUAAUGCUCUUCUUACCGAUUAUGGCCAUGGUUGGAAGCUGCAGACAGUUUCAGAACAAGUAGAAGUUCCUCGAAAAGAUAUGGGAGGUCAGCCUAUGUACAAGAAGAAUCCUACUGCCAUGAAAUCAGACGGUUCUGCUCCUACUAGAAGAUCCACGAUGGACUCUUCAGAUUCUCACACCACUUACCAGUAUUUUGGGAGGAUAUUUCUUGCUUUAGUUUUGUUGUUUCUGCUUGGAUGUACUUUCACAGUGGCCUUGGAAAAUCUUCCCAGGUUAAUCUUACUUAUCACUUCAACAAUGUAAUAACACCAUCAUAUCUUGCUUUAAUUGUGAAGUAUCCUUUCUGUAUCCUUGUAAGUUCUUUAACAUGACAGGGCUGUGAGCUAUUUAUUGCUUCUAUUUUGUAAACUGGAGGAGAAAUAUUUUUGUUAUUCAACAAGAUUACACUAUGGAUAGCUUUAGAAUGUAUUUUCUGCUCUUCCUGUAA